AUGUGUCUCAAACUGCCAUUGAUCGUGAAAGACCCCUACUUGCUUAAGGUCUAUUUAAGUCCAAGGAAAGAAAUUGCUGGUAGCUGUUACGGUGGGUCUGAGGCACGAGGCUCUCUGAAGGGCCCCGCACGAUUGCAAAUCCAGACCACCUUGUCGUCGGUAAAACACGUUGCCGUCCUAGCCUUCCCGUUCGGCAGCCACCCUUGGCCUCUCGCCAACCUGCUCCUCAGGCUUGCCACCGCCACCUCGGAUGUCCACUUCUCUUUCUUGAACACAGCCAAGUCCAACGGGGUCAUCUUCCCUCUGCCGUCGAGAGCCGAGCUACCCAGCAACGUUCGAGUCUAUGACGUCAGCGAUGGCUUGCAGGACGAUUGCCAGGGGGCGACGAAGCAUCCGAGAGAACACGUGGAUUUGUUCCUGAAAGCGGCGCCCGAGAGUUUUGGAGCGGCUGUUGACGUUGCAGAGCAAGAUGUGAGGAAGAAGGUGAGCUGUUUAUUGACUGACGCUUUCUUGAUUUUCGCAGGCGAAAUGGCAGAGAAGAUGCAGGUUCCCUGGGUAACUCUCUGGAUCCCCGCUCCGUAUUCGUUAGCGGCGCAUGUGUACACUGACGUCAUAAGUGAGCUCCUUCGUGAAUCCUCCGGCGGUGGCACCUCCACCGAUGACGACAAAAGCCUCAGUGCUGUCGUCAUGAACUCCUACGCGGAAGUGAACCCAACACCUCUGAUAACGGACCUGAAAUCCAAGUUCAAGAUGCUCCUCCAAGUAGGGUGCCUCACUGUGUCAUUCCCCCCGCCGCCGCUGCCAUCGGGCUCUGCCUCUGACACAACCGGUUGCUUGACGUGGCUCGAUGCCAGAGACCCUCGGUCUGUGGCGUACAUAUGCUUCGGGACGGUGGCAAUGCCAUCACCAAGUGAGAGCGGACGAGCGUACGGGAAAUUCGUCCCAUGGGCUCCACAGGGCCAGGUGUUGAGCCACCCGGCGUGUGGGGUCUAUGUGACACACUGCGGGUACAACUCGGUGUUCGAGAGCGUGGCGGGUGGCGUGCCGAUGGUAUGCAAGCCAUUUUGGGCGGACAACAUGAUGAACGGGAGGAUGAUAGAGGAAGUGUGGGGGAUUGGAGUGAAAGUAGAAGGUGGGACCAUAACGAAGAGUGGGAUGGAGAAGGCAUUGGAGGUGGUGUUGAGGGGUGAGGAUGGGAAGGAAAUGAGGAAGAAGGUUGGUGAGUUGAGGGAGAGAUUGGUGGAGGCAGCUGGACCCGAUGGGAGUGCUGAGGCCGAUUUCAAGGUCCUUGUGGAGCUCAUCUCCACUUCAUGAAGUGCAUCAUGCACUAGCUCUAAUUUGCAGCAGAUUUUAAUCAAUGUACUGAGUGAUGUGUUUCAAACUGUCA